AGUCGAGAUCGGGAAUCGGGCGGUGUUUGUAAAUAUUAAGCCCGUUUGAUUUUCAUAUUUUAUUUACUCAAAUGGACCUUACGAUUAUACAAUAAUUCUUGGCUAUCAUAAGUGUGAAUUAUUUACCAGUGCUUAGAAUGAGUUGUUAAUGUAAUUAAAAGUGUUUUGAAUAAAAUUAUAAAUCCAAAAUUAAAUAAAAAGGUGGAUGAAGAUGGUGUCUUCCGGAGUGAAAAGCGGUCUGUUCAUGGGCUUCGGGUCAGCGCUGGUCCUUAUCGGUGCUAUCGUAGUAGUAUACUGGCCUUCCCUCUUCAUGGCUCAGUUACAGAGGAUGAUGAUCCUAUCGCCGACCUCAACGUCGUUCGGUAUAUGGCAGGAGACUCCAAUACCGAUGUACCUGGAAUGCUACAUGUUCAACAUAACGAACGCGGAUAAGAUCCUCGCGAAAGAGGACGUAAUACUGAAAGUGGAGCAGUUGGGUCCUUACGUGUUCAGGGAGUCACAUUCUAAGGUGAACCUGACUUGGAAUGAUAACAGCACAAUCACAUUCUACAAUCAGAGAUUUUGGCACUUCGACCAGAAUUUGUCGAAGGGAAGUCUUUCGGAUGAGAUUAUCAGCAUCAACCCUAUAAUAGCGACUGUGGCGUACAUUGUCAGACACCAGCCCAGGGUCGUCAAGGUGUCCGUUGACGUUUUCCUGCGAAUGUUCCACGACGACCUCUUCCUGAAGGCGAACGUCUCGUCCUGGCUGUUCGAAGGCAUCGAAGACCCGGUUUUGGAGAUGGCCCAAAAGUUUCCCGAUCUACCCUUGAAUAUACCGUACGACAAAUUCGGAUGGUUCUAUGAGCGCAAUGGCUCGAGGGAAUUUGACGGUUCGUUCAUAAUGAACACGGGAGCGGCGGACUUCUCGCGGCUCGGCAACAUUGAGCUGUGGAAGUACUCCCCCAGGACCGUGUUCAGAGACCACUGCGGAGACGUGAAGGGGUCCACCGGGGAGCUAUGGGCCCCAGAGCUGGGGCAACCCGAGUUGUUCGUCUUCGCGUCCGACAUAUGCACAUACCUGACACUGCACAAGAAGGAAGACGUGCUGAUAGAAAACAUAGAGGGCGUUCGGUACGCGGCCAACGACUCGCUGUUCGACAACGGACACAAAUAUCCCGCAAUGGCGUGCUACUGCGACGAGGUUAGGGACCGGGACUGCGUGCCCCCCGGCGCCCUCAACGUGUCCCUGUGCCGCCUGGGAGCCCCGGCCUUCGUGUCCCAGCCGCACUUCCUGGACGCGGACCCGUACUACCCCAGCAAGAUCCAGGGUCUGGACCCGCAGGAGGAGCACAGGUUCAGCCUGGCGCUGGAGAUGUUCACCGGGAUGCCGCUGGCCGUAUCCGCGCAGCUGCAGAUCAACCUGCUCAUCAGAGAUGUCUGGGGGAUAAGUAUCAACAACGUGUUGCCGGACCCGGACACGAUGGUGCCGAUGUUCUGGUUCCGGCAAGAGCUGCAGGUGACGCCGGAGUACGCGCACAUGGCCAGAGUCGCUCUUGCGCUUCGAUACUACACUCCAUACGCGCUCUACACCCUCACCGUAAUCGGCGUGGUCCUCAUAUUAGUAGGUGUAGUCGUACUAAUCAGAAGACUUCUGAAUUCAUCAGACACGACGCCUCUCAUAGAAGAAAGUGCGUCACAAGAGAAUCAACAAUAAUCGAAAAUUUAAUAUACUAUUUUAAAUAUAAAUAUUAAUAGGUACUUUCGGUUCGAAUUCUGGCAACC